GUUCCAUCUCCGGUCAUUCCCUCUUCUUCUUCGUGUCAAUUUUCACACGCAUCCCGGACCAUGCAUUCACUCAUUCCGACUCGACUCAACCCCCCACGCCACGCCCUCCUCUUUAUCCAUACCCCAAUUUCUCUGCCCUUUCUAUUUCUCAAUUCCCAUUUUCUCCACCUUGACAUGCCUUCUUCUUCUUCUUCUUCUUCUUCUUCUUCUUCUUCUUCUUCUUCUUCUUCUUCUUCUUUCUUACAAACUUGGCAACUCAUUAAUUAAGCCCAAUCAAAAAAUUGAAUUUAGCUUACAAAGUAAGCAAAAGGGUAAAAAUAUAAUUGUGAUAAUCAUUCUUGAAGCCCAAGGCAAAGGCACAGCCAGACCUCCUCUACAGAUAUAAACACAAUUCAUCUUGUUGUUUUUUCAUCCCCCAUUUCUCGCCGUCGCCCAACAUGAUCAAUUUCAAGGAAAUGGGCCAAAUGGCCGUUCCCCAAUCCGUCUCCGCCGUCUUCUCCGCCUACGCCUCCUUCGCCACCACCAUGAUGCUCAUCCGUUCCCUCACCAACGAACUCCUUCCUGCCAAAUUCAUUUCCUCUCUCACUUCAUUUUAUGUCUACUUUUUCGGAUCCAUUUCUUCUGAGACCAUGUUUGUUAUCGACGAGAGUUCUGGGCUCUCCGGGAACGAAGUCUUCCAGGCCGCCGAGAUUUAUCUCCGUACCAUAAUCAGCCCUUCUACGGACAUUCUCAAGGUCAACAAAACUGCCCGCCAGGAAAGUAUCACGCUUUCCAUCUAUAAGGACCAAGAAAUCACCGAUUACUUCCAAAACAUUCGCCUCCGGUGGCGAUUGGUUUGUUCCGAAGAUCCACAUGAUAAAACAGAGAAACGCCACUUUGAGCUUUUGUUCCCUAAGAAAUUCAAGGACAGAGCUGUCGAUUCCUAUUUGCCUUAUGUGUUGAAGCGAGCCAAGGAGGUUGAAGAGAAGAACAAAGUUGUGAAGAUCUUUAGCCUAGGAUGUGCUUAUGACUAUGGCGGCGGAACUUGGGGAUCUAUGUAUCUGGAUCAUCCGUCAACAUUCGAUACGCUGGCCAUGGACCCUGAGUUGAAGCAAUGGAUAAUCGACGAUUUGGAUAGGUUCGUUAGAAGGAGAGAUUUCUAUCGAAAGGUGGGGAAGGCUUGGAAGAGGGGAUAUUUGUUGUAUGGUCCUCCUGGUACGGGAAAAUCUAGCUUAAUUGCCGCCAUGGCUAACUACCUUAAGUUUGACAUUUACGAUUUGGAUCUCUCCACCAUCUAUAGCAAUGGAGAUCUCAGGAGGAAUCUGUUAACCACCAGUAAUCGAUCAAUCAUAGUGAUUGAGGAUAUAGAUUGCGGUGUGCAAAUACAGAAUCGAGAGAGUGAUGAAGCAAACGGUGGAUCCAAUGACAGGUUUACCUUGUCGGGGUUGCUUAAUUUCAUUGACGGAUUAUGGUCAAGUUGUGGAGACGAAAAAAUUAUAAUAUUUACAACGAACCACAAGGAGCAAUUGGAUCCAGCAUUGUUGCGGCCAGGUCGUAUGGAUGUGCAUAUACACAUGUCGUAUUGUAGCCCUAAAGGGUUCAAAGUUCUAGCGUCAAAUUACCUUGGCGAGGAAGCAACUGAGCAUCGUGUGUACAGGGAAAUAGAAGAGUUGAUAGGAGAUAUGGAAGUAUCACCGGCAGAAAUAGCGGAAGAACUAAUGGAGGGGGAGGAGAUGGAGGCGGUUCUUGGAGGUCUACUGAAUUUCCUGAAGCGUAAAAGGAAAGAACAGAUGAAGGAGAAAGAGAAGGAGAAAAGAAGAGAAGGGGAUGAUAAAAUUGAGUAAGUAGUAGUAGAAGAAGAAGAAGUCCAAAAAGAACAAAAUGGGGAUUGAGAAAUAAAUGGCGAAGAAAUUCUACAUAGGAUAGGAUAUUGUAUGCAGAGGGGGCGUUUUAUUCGGAAAAUAACAACCCCUCUACACAAUAAUAAAUAUGAUAAUUGAAAAAACAUAAUGUAAAGAGAUUUUGAUAUAGUAGACAUAUUCUUAGAAAUUCUCACUUCUUAGUCGUCCACCUCUCGUCCUCGACAUUUCCUUCAACAAGGCAACUUAAAUAACAAAACAAUAACUUUAUACGGAAACAUCGACUUUUCUUUUUAACUUAUAAAUUCUUAAAAAUUGUUAGAUUUAGGAUUCACAAACUCUCAUCGACACCAUCUUACCUCUACUAUUGCUUUCAUAGUUGAGUUGACCUACAUUGAACUUUUUAUGAUAUGGUCGGUCAAUAUCUCAUGUAACUUUUUCAUUCCUAAAGUUAAUCUUUAAAGUUGCUUUUUCUUUUUAA